AUGAGUAGUCCUGCUAGACCGAGCAGCAAAUCCGCUGCGUCCGCGAGUGGUGCCAGUGCGCCCCCCAUACAGUUUGCUACCAAGUCUUCGGUUGCAUCUCCGAAGCUCAACAACGAAAUGGAAAUGGGCAGCCUCGCCGCCGAUGGCCAGGCGGGCGAUGAUGACGCUGCUGUCGCUGUCAGUCCCGAGAAGGACAUCAUGCAGCUGGCGCGGAUAGGUGACAUCGUUGCCAUGGAGAAGCUAUUUGAGUCGGGAGAGUUCGAUGCUACAUACAGUGACGACGAGGGCAUCACGCCCCUACAUUGGGCUGCCAUAAACAACCAGUAUGCCAUGUGCAAGUUCCUUAUCGAACACGGCGCCGAAAUCAACCGCAAAGGCGGCGAGUCUGUUGCUACACCUCUCCAGUGGGCAGCCCAACGAUGCCAUUACUACACCGUCAAUCUGCUUCUCCAGCACGGCGCCGACCCGCUCAUCACCGAUGCCCAAGGCUACAAUACUCUGCACAUCUCAACCUUCAACGGAAAUACCCUGCUGAUUGUGCUGCUCUUGCACCAGGGCAUCCCCGUCGACGUCCUCGAUACCUUUGGGCACACUUCACUCAUGUGGGCAGCGUACAAAGGCUUCCCCUCGUGUGUAGACGUCUUCCUGCGCUGGGGCGCCAGCGUUCACGCAGCCGAUGAGCAGGGAUUCACAGCUCUCCACUGGGCUUUGGUCAAGGGCAAUCCGGGAUGUAUCCAGAAGAUUAUUGAGUACGGCGCCGACCGGUUUGCGAAGACUGAGAGCGGCAAGACGCCUUCGGUGACGGCCACCGAGCUAAAUACACAGCCUGCGUGGCAUCGAGCCUUGAGGGAAUGCGGCUACGACCGCGAGGGCAAUCCAGUGACUCCUCCGUGGCCUGGUGCCAAUUAUUUUCUUAAGGAUAAGAGGGCCUUCACAUCCAAGUUUCUCUUCUUCUGGCCGUGGGUUAUGAUUUGGGGCGUGCUCAUUGUUAUUUCCUAUGCGCCGGUAUUCUUGGGUCUUCCGUUGGCGGCCGGGGUUGUGUAUUGCGCGCAUUGGUGCGCGACGCAGGUUUUGGAGUAUGCUCCAUCUGACAUGCGACACUUUCACAAAACGCCCUGGAUGGCUGGCAUUUUCGCGGGCUCCCUCUUCCUCGUUGGAGUGAACUGGCUCAGCACUGUAGUGUGGACCACGAUUCGCGGCGAGAGCUCACACAUGAUUCUGAAUCUUGUAUUUGGCGUUCUUUUCGGGUUGACCACAUUCUUCUACGCAGCGAGCAUGCGAUAUGAUCCUGGAUUCGUGCCAAAGUUGAAUGGCAUCGCGGAGCAGCGGGCCGUCAUUGACGAGCUUCUGGCUAGCUGGAGGUUUGACGAGGCCAAUUUCUGUGUUACUUGCAUGAUUCGUACGCCGCUCCGAAGCAAGCAUUGCAGACGCUGCCAGCGCUGUGUAGCAAAGCAUGACCAUCACUGUCCCUGGGUGUACAAUUGCGUUGGCAUCAACAACCAUAGACACUUUUUCUUGUACCUUGUUAAUCUGACCUUUGGUAUUCUUGCCUAUGACUGGCUAGUGUAUUAUUAUUUUGGUGUCGUUUCUACAGACGCUCCCGCGUCUUGCAAUGUCCUCGGUCCCGGCUUCUGCAAGCUCAUCAACUCGGACGCCUACACUUUACUCUUGUCUGUCUGGGUCAGCCUGCAGCUGAUAUGGGUGACCAUGCUGGUGUUCACCCAGCUCGUUCAAGUGUCCCGAGCCAUGACCACGUUUGAAAACAUGACGGGAAUUCACACUCGCGAAGCGACUACGGCGCUUACCUCGACCGGCACACCUCUGGAUCCAUCCCUCGCAGCGGCCGCGACAUCCACCACGUCCGCCGGCGGCCACGGAGGUAGACACAAGGGGGGCAUGCUCAAACAAUGGAGCCGCAUUCUCGGUGUCGACCCCUUUAUCGAGACGAUUACCGGCCGUGGCGCUGCCACUGGUAACAGUAGACGAAAGAAGAAGAACCCCUACAGCCGGGGUUGUGUGUCCAAUUGUAAGGACUUUUGGUGUGAUCCGGCUCCCGUCUUUGGCCAGAGAGAGAACGGAACGGCUGUCCUCGGGGGUGGCAAAGUGGACUACACGGCCAUGUACGAGAGCCCUACACUGAUGAGUCUCACGGGCAUGAGAACACGCGGGGGGUACGAAUCCGUCGAGACGGAGGAGGUAUAG